UUGGAUUUCUGGUAGCAAGUUCCAUUUGUUCCGGAGACCAGUCUCUUGUUCCUUAAAGGUUCCUUAUUCCUUCGUCUGGUGACUCGAAGUCACCAUCAUUGGACAUUUCUGCGACGCUGAAGUUGGAGACAUGUGGGAAUACCAGUAGUACGCAGCACGCAGAAGCAACUUGUCGCAGCAGGGUCUUCCGGCAUAAGGCGAGGCAUUUAUUCAAACGUUUAGAUAAUUUCGACGUUCUCCCGGUUUCGUUAUACGUUUGGCACUCAGUCUUUCGCGAGCUUCGUGAAACUUCGGAGGAGCGAUCGUCUGACGAGAGUCCGUUCGCAACGGUGAUGUGGCCGGGCCUGUGACGCAAUUCGAUAUGCUUGUAGCGAUGCCUGUGUCUCUAUCGACCGGGACAUGCUAGAAAAGGCAGCACGCUGAUUACUACAAAUACCGUAACAGCAUGGAACAGCAGCAGCAUCAGCAGCAGCAGCAGCAGCAGCAGCACUACAAGCAGCGCAGCAGCACUGACUGCAGCGAGAGAGGCGCUGACGCUGGCAGCAGCCAUAGCUACGUGUCCAGCAGCCUUCCAACAGUUCCUGUCGAAGCAUCUUCUGUCGGUCAACCGACAGUCGGCGCUUUUUCUGUCGACUCGCAUCCACGACAUGAGCGGUUAGCUCGAGGGUCGAUUCAAAUAUCACCUUCUCCUGUCGCACUCUCGCCUCCAAGUCAUGAACGGUCAGCACAAGGGUCCAGGGGAGGUCACUACGAGGCCAAUUUCCCUGUAGAGAUUUUUGAGUCGACUCAGAUAUCACCUUCUCCUGUCGAGCCUUCGCAUCCACGUCAUGAGCGGUCAGCACGAGGGGCCCGGGGGGGUUGCGAGGAGAUCACUUCGUUUGAAGAGAUUUUUGAGUCGACUUCCCCUGAAGAGGAGACUACGAGGCGCUUGCUGCCCGUCUGCAGCGACGAUCUAGAGAUCGUGAUCGACGGUCAGGAUUCGGCGUCGGAGUUAGUCGGCAGCGCCCCCGCCGGGGGCAGUCAAGCGGGAUGCGGCGUCCGCAGCAGCGGAUGCUUCCCCGGGACUCCAAUGGCCGGCGGCAGGCCGAGCGCGAGCGCUCGACUGACGCAGUGCUUCGUUAUUGACAGCUCCGCUGCAAGCAGCUCCGACUACAGGUUCGGUUCCAGCACAAGUAACGACUCUACAGCCAGCACCACCAGCAGCAGCAACAGCGGCAGCUCGAGCCCCGGUCACGCGGGUGAUGACGUCAGCAGUGGGGGGGGCAAUGCUCUCAGCCCCGAGUUUGCCGACGCGGUGGUCGCGCAAUCGGCGGAAAACGCGGGAACAAGAUCUCGCGCGAGAGGGCUGGCGCAGAGGAUAUGGCCCGGCGCGCGCUCAUCAUCCGCGAGGGGCGGAGUGAGGGGUGCGCCGAGCGCGGAAGGGGCGGAAAGGGAGGCGCGGGGAAGGAGCAGGAGCAGAACGCGCGGGCCUGUGAGAAGAGCUUCGGCGGGAACCGCGCAUGCGCGUGAGGAGGAUGACGCGGGGGGGGAAGAGGGGGAGGGCGGCGCAAGGGGAGGUCGCGGGGAGCGCGGGGACGGGGAAGGCGGGCGGGAAAGAGGUAACGAGCAGCGGCCGCUAUCCGUGGUUAUACAUGGGCCUGGGUCGUCGUUCUUUGUUGGCACAGAGGUUGUUUAUAGCGGGGAUGGGGGACACGGGAGGAGCCCGAGCCAAGUCGAGCGUGGCAAGAGCAAGAGUCCCGUUAAAGAGAUGAAGACGAAGCACAGGGCUGACGGAGAGCCAGGGGCUUAUAACGGGGAUGCAGGGGCAUCCCCGGACUGUAUAGUAAUAGAAGAAAGCUACAGCGUUUCCUGCCACGCUGAGGCGUACAACGGGACUGCUAAUAACGAGAAUUAUGAUCCCGAACGGGGCCACGCGAGUGGAGGGGAGGAGAGUGACGGCAGCUGUAGCAGCUACUGUAGCGACGACAGCAGCUGUAGCCGCGGGUCCGGCAAGGGCGGCGGUGUAAGAGAGAAGCGAGAAGGCGGCAGAAAUGAGGAUGGGGGAGAGAACGAUCUUAUCAACUUCCAAUUCGUGAGCGCGUCGGGCGAAUCAGAGGGCGACACGUGGAUAGAGGCAGUGCACAUGGUUCUGCCACCUGUCAUCCCGCGGUCCUCCUCCCAAGCCACGAUGGACGCUCUAUUUGCUCCUAGCGGCACGACUGGCAUGGAGCCGAUACUAGACGCUAAGUGGGAGGCGGGCUUUAAGAGGACUAAGAGGGUCUUCAGGUGCCUGCUGCUGCUGGGGUGUCUGCUCUAUAUCGCCGCCUUUAUGUCUGGCAUCAUUGUAAAUAGCACUGGUGGAACCACCUCCCCCAUUACCUUGCCAUCUGCCGCCUCUCUUCCUUCACACACUGACGCCAGCACCAGCAGCACCACCACCAACUCUCCAUCAUCACCCACCCCUCCCCUGAGCCCCAGUCUCUUCUGGUCUCCUAGCCCUCCAACUGCCAUCAGUGCUCCUACAGACUUGAGUGGCGCUGACGCCAGCAGCAGCACCACCACCUCCACCACCAACUCUCCAUCAUCCCCCACCCCUCCCUUAACCCCGAGCCUCGUUUGGUCUCCUAGCCCUCCAAUUCCCAUCAGUGGCAACCCGCUGGUAGACACUAAUGAGGGGCGGACAGUAGAGGGGGGACCCAUAGGGGGGGGAGGAGUAGAGGGAGGGGCUGUGGCAGGAGGCGAGAUCCCUAGUGAGAGUGCCACUACAGACUUGAGUGGUGCUGGCAGCAGCAGCAGCAGCAGCAGCAGUAACAGCACCAGUAUAAGUAACGCUAGCAAUAAUGGCACCAGCAGCAGUGCUAUGGGUGAUGACGAGGAUGAUGGGGGCGAUGUGCCGAUUGCCAACAGCCUCGAUGCCAUGGCUGCAUCCAUGCUGACGUCACCAACCCUCUGGAUCGCCAUGUCAUACCUCAUUCUUUACCUGGUGAUUGCGAGCCUUGGCCUGGCUGGUGCCCAUUUCAACAAUGUGGGCAUGAUGACCCUCUUCAUAUUGAUCCAGACCACAGUGGCGGUUAUCUCAGCACUCGACUCCAUUCGCCCUUUCCUCAUCUUCCUCGUCCUACUAAUUCUCCUCGCUGUGCACAUCAGAUUCCAUAUGCUAUCUAUGGAGCUGGCUGAGCGGCGGUUGCUAGCAAGGCUUGUGGGCCGACCUGUUCCCCCUCCGCACACUCACCAUUGGCCUUAUCGUCUGAGGAUGUUUCCUGGAAGCUUCUCAGAAAUGCUGCGGCACACCCCUGUGUCGCGGUUUCGACUGAGAGGGGAGCCGUGGUACCAGGAGAUAGUGGUGCGGUACAGGGCUAGGAGGGUGAGAGAGGCGAGUGAGACCAGCGAGACCAGAGAGACCAGAGAGACCAGAGAGACCAGAGAGAGGGAGCGAGGGGGAGAAGGGGAGGGGGGGGGAGGAGCUGAGGCGGGUGUAAGGGGGGAGGAGAGGGGGGAGGAGGAGAUGGAGAGGAUUCAAGAGCAACAGAGGCAGCAGCAUCCCUUGGGACAGUGGUGGAGAGGGGGGGAGGAAUGGAGAGGGCAUGGCCGCAGGAGACAGCGCAGAAACGAGCAGGCAGGCAGGGAGAGGAGCAGGGGGAGGAGGAGCAUCCAGGAUGGGGCACGAAGUGGACGGGAUACUCACGACAUGCGUCAUAGUAGUGCAAGCAAUGCUGCUGAUGUUACAAGGUCAGGGAAUGAGAGGCAAGUGCAGUCAAGGGAGGAGGAGUCGGUGCAACCCACGGCAUACCCCUCUCCACCUCCAAGAACUCCUGGAGCUGCUGCUCUUCUUCCCAUGCCGUCAAGCAUAUCCUCCUCUUCUCCCCCCUCUUCAGCUUUUCAGACAUCUCCUCUUACUCCAGACGACUCCCGUUCCCCCGAUCCGCUUUUGGGGCUCAACUAUGUGCCUAACCAAACAGGAGGUCCACAAUGAAAGGGCAGGAUAUCCUUCUUAUUGACCUUAUGAUGAAAUAAUCGUUGCCAAUGCUGUAAGACAUAUGCCACUCGUCAAGCUUUGCUAUCAACCCAGCUUU